AUGGAGAACAGUUCUUCCUACACAUCAAAAUUCAUCAACACAAGUAGGGACAACAGCCGGGACAAGACCUUCAUCACUAACAAGUACGAUGACGUCCUUGCCCAGAACAUGGUAAUGGCACUGGAUAAAGCCAUCCGGAAAGAACAAAGAACGGCUACAGGCGAGAGAUCUAAAUAAGUUCCAGACAUUUUACUACAAGGUUUAUUACCUGAAGUAUAUUACGCUGUAUAUAUACAUGUUCAUGGUCUUCUUUGAAGUCCCCUCCUGGUGCCUGGUUAAGAAGGGUAUACAGGACAGAAGAACCUGAGAUCCAGAUAUAUACCCUAAUUCAGGAAUUCCUAAACUUCCUUAUUAUGCCUCGAGGUCGAUUGAGUUAGUAUGACUCUUUACACUCUUGUUUUUCACAUAUUUUAGAAGAGCUUUCAGGAAGCCGACCAGAUUGGCAAAAACAAGAGAGCUGAUACAAUCGGUUCUGACUCUAGCUUCUGUGAUUGAUAUCAUGAUUGCUUUGAUUAGGCAGAAUUCGCUUUAUGUCAGCCAUUUCAUAAGAAUCUUACUGAUAGUCCUCUUCAUUCGGGGAUUAAGGGAAGCAAUCAAAAGAAUCGCACUUGUGAUUUAUGACUCUAAAGAGAUCCUCCUCAUGAUUAUUUCGUAUAUUGUGCUCUUUGGUUGGGUGGGGUACAGAUUAUUCAGAGGGACACAGCAGGGAGAAGCUUAUUUCUCCUCCCUUGUUGAGAGCAUUUGGAGUAUGAUGGUCUUACUUACAACAGCAAAUUUCCCAGAUGUUAUGAUGCUCGCAUACAAUGCUCAUAGAGGAUAUGCUCUGUUCUUUAUAAUAUAUCUCGUGAUGGUAUUAUUCUUCUUACUGAAUCUAGUCUUAGCAGUAUAUUACAAUAAUUACCGGACUAGAGUUGACAACACCAUUUCUAAAUUUAUGUCCAUUAGGGAACAAUUUCUGAAAACAAAGUUUCAUUCUCAUGAUGUGGAUAACAAGGGGCAUCUUACACAGAAUGAAUUUAAGUCAAUGAUUAAAGAUCUGUUUGAGCUAAACUUAAAAGCUGUCAAAAAGACGAACCUCAACAAGAUUGCAGCCCAGUUUAGUCACCGCUGAAGAGGUCAGAUAACAUUAGAGGAUUUCCUCAAUUAUUUUGAAAUUAUGGAUUUUGUGUCUUUAGAUAAUCACACCUCUGGAUCAAUGGUAGUUCAGAUAAGCAACAAAAGAAGGAAGGUUAAAAAUAUUGUUACGCAUCCAUUUUAUGAUCUAGGUAUGAACAUAUUUGUUGCUCUCAAUAUUGGCACUAUUAUGAUCAAAGAUAUGGUCGAGAUGUUUACUCAAAGCGGUACUAACGUACUUGCAUGGCUCAUAAUUCAGCUUAUAAUAACCUGGCUCUUCUUUGCAGAGAUGAUUUUCAUCUGCUAUGGGUUCGGAAUCAUAGAAGCUUUUAAAAGAAGGAACCAUCUCAAAAUUGAGAUACUUUUCCAGAUCAUCAUCCUCAGUGCUUUUAUAUAUUACCUGGUUUCAGACAACAGAGAGAUACUUUUGAGAUAUCUUGAUAUAAUAAUCAUCCUGAGAGGUUUCAGAUUAAUGAAGCUAUUCAACGAAAUCAAGCAAUGGAAGGUCAUUAUGAGAACUAUCUCUGCACUGCUGAAGCCUUUCUGGAGCUUAUUACUAGUCACUUUUGUGCUCUUCCUGCUAUUUGCGUCGAUUGGAGAUAGAGCUUUUGGUGGAUUGGAAAUCAACAAUCCUAAUGUGGUCCGAAACCAGAAUAUACCAGAUACAUACGUAGAAAUGAACUUUAAUGACGUAGCUAAUUCCUUUGUGACCCUAUUCACUCUGAUGGUUGUGAACAAUUGGUUUGUCAUAGUUGAUAUGUUUGAAGCAGUAACUGGAACAAUCUGGACUAGGCUGUUUUUCGUAAUAUUCUACUUCUUCAGUGUUUUGGUAGUCCUUAACAUCUUAGUAGCACUCUCUAUUGAUAUGUACUCAAGUAUUGAGAGCGUUAACUCUCAAAAUGAAGACAAAGAUGAGCAUAUUACUAUAGAAGACUCAAAUGAAGCAGCUGAAUCCUUAACUUCACUCUCCCAAGUGGUUGAUAAAUACAAGACUGUUCCUAUAAAGAUGGAGUCUGAUGGAGAGGAUGAAUCCUUCUACUUCCAGAACAAAGAGAGUGAGAGCAAAGAGGAAAAUUAUCACCUUCUCACUGAUAAGGAUGUGCAAUCUCCCAAGAUCCAAGCAUCAUUUGAUGAUUCAAAGACUGGUAGUAAGGACGAGGAAGAAAAGAAGGCUUAAUAGUUUUUAUUUUGAAAAUAAUUUUAGGA